AUGAAUCUGGCGUUUCUUGCCAAAUGGGGAUGGAAUUUGCUAAAAGGCUCUCAAUCUUUAUGUUGCAAAAUUUUGGAAGCCAAGUAUCUAAAAGGGAAGGAGUUUCUCAGCUGUUUUACCCCGAAACCAAAGGGCGGGGUCUUAACCAAUGAUCUUUGUGUUGAUGACUUAUUGCUUGAGAAUGGAGAUUGGGACAUCCCAAAGCUAAAUGGUUUAUUUGAUAAAGAAACGGUGUCAGCAAUCGCUAAAGGGGAAAAACCCUCUGGCCAAGGGGAUGAUAGAUGGGUGUGGACACUGGAUAAAAGUGGCCAGUUUACAAGCAAAUCUGCUUAUUUGUCUCAAGCUAUGGAUAGAGCUCGUCAUUGUGAGGUAGCUCCGGCUCUCUGGAACAAGUCGUGGAACAGUAGAAUAUUAGAAAGGCAUAAGAUCAUGUGGUGGUGCAUCAUAUCCAAUGCGCUCCCUAUUAGAUCUGUGAUUGGGAGGCGAUUCCACAUUGAGGAUACCUGCUGCCCUUUAUGUGGCUUGGGGGAGGAAUCCAUGGAACAACUUUUCUUGUCCUGCGAUGUGGCGAUGCAUUUAUGGCGAUCGUCACCUUGGGGCAUCUAUCCUAUCUGCAAUACUGGGAUUCGAAUUUGGGAUUGGGUCAAAUUUUUAUGGAAUCUGAAUUCUAGGGGGAUCCGAGUGGAAGAAGUUUUCCUGUAUGCUUCGAUUGUUGUCGAAACUAUCUGGAAAGUGCGAAAUGAUUUUAUACAUAAUAACUCUCAUCUGGAUGUUUUGAAAUGUAUUGACUAG